GGGAGCUUGCGCGUUGCGUGGGUCGUGCGUGCACUGCCUGUGUUGCUUCUCCUCCUGCGCUAUGCGUCAUGGCGUCGCGGGCUUCUGAGCCAAAUGCUGGGGUCCCCAAGGUGCCAGACCGCGGGAGGUGCCAUGGCUGUUCGGCGCCCCAGUCUCCGGUGAGCUCAGAGAACCCCACGCAAGUCCCAGGCCCGGGCAAGGACCCCGCGGCCGCCAAUGGCCUGGGCCUGCCGAGGAAUGUGCUUAGCGAGCGGGAGCGCAGGAGGCGGAUCUCAGCGAGCUGCGAGCGCCUGCGGGCCCUGCUGCCCAGGUUUGAUGGCCGGAGGGAGGACAUGGCAUCCGUCCUGGAGAUGGCUGUGCAGUUCCUGCGCCUUGCGAGCAGCCUGGUGCCCAGCUGGGAGCAGCACCACAUUCCUGCUCCAGCUAGGACCACGUGGCACACGUGGCAGGGGGACGUCCUGCAGUGGACACUGGCGAGCCAGGUUUCAGCAGCCAGCUCAGACCCUGCAACAGCAGCAGCCAGCCUGACUCUGCAGCAAGAGCCACUGGGAUGUGUGCCCCGGGGUGCAGGCGACAGCAAGUCUCCGGCUGGCUUGUCAGAGCUCCUGGAUGGGUUGCCCACCCUGCCUGGGCCCUCCAGCCUGGGGUCCCGGCCCCCACUCUGGCCUUCCUGCACUUGGCAGUCAACCUCCCCCAAGAUGAGCGAAGAAGCCAGCAUCAGGCAGGCCCAGGCUGGGCCCCCAGCCAGGAUCACCACAUCUCCAGGCAGGCUGGCUGGGGAGGUAGCCCUGCUGCCUCCAGUGGAUACCAGGUCUGCAUUAGGGCUUGACCUGGAGGGUGGGGACUCCUUCCCCCUGAGCGCCAGUCCCGAGUGGUGGCUGGGGUCCGUGGAGGCCAGAGGAGUGACCCCAGCCAGGGCCUCGGCUAAGAGCAGCCCAGUGGGUAGGGUCGAACCGGGCUUCCUGAGCGACUCCCUGCCCAGCUCCCAGGAGCUCCAGGAGGGCCCUCUGGAGCUGUGGGGCUCGGAUGUGGACACCUGGGGCCUGGACCUGAAGGAGGAUGGAGUGGACGGCAUCUUCGCUGACUUCCUCGCCUGCUAGAGGCGGGGUGAGCAGCGGCAGUGCUAUCAUGCAUGUGGUCAGUUUAUUUUGAUUCUGGGUCGCAGCUGUGCUCUAAUUCGAGCAGGGCUGGCAGGGCCACGCGCAAGGGAGGCUGGCUAUUAAAGAGGGAGUGCGUUUCUCCUUCAGGAA